GAAGCAGAGUAGAAUUCGAGAUGCAGCACGAUGAGGUCAUUUGGCAAGUCAUCAGACACAACAAUAACUGCAGUUUCAUGGCAAAAAUCCCAACGGGGGUUUUCUGUCGCAACCCAUAUAAUGUGACUGGUAUUUGCAAUGGAAGCUCUUGCCCGCUCGCCAACAGUCGCUACGCCACCAUCCGAGACCAUGAUGGGAUAUUUUAUUUGUAUAUGAAAAGUAUAGAAAGAGCUCAUAAGCCUAAUGAACUAUGGGAGAGAGUGAAGUUGCCCAGAAAUUAUGAGAAGGCACUUGAAAUCAUCGACAAACAUCUGAUGUAUUGGCCUAAGUUUCUUGUACACAAAACAAAGCAGCGGCUCACCAAAAUGACUCAAAUGCGGAUACGCAUGAGGAAGCUUGCAUUGAAAACAAGGGAAAAGAUAAUGAUUACACCAAGAAAAGAGAAAAAGAGAGAGGCGAGGCGAGAGGAAAAAGCUGAAAAGGCUGCACUGUUACUGGAACUGGUGGUUCUAUUGCAGAGUAUCGAGAAAGAGUUGUUGGAGCGUCUUAAGCGUGGAGUUUAUGAUGACAUAUACAAUUAUCUUGUUAAAGAAUACAAUAAAGUUCUUGAUAUGGAAGGACUAGAGAUUGCUAGUGAGGAAGAAGACGAGAUGGAACCUGAAGUAGAAUAUGUUGAAGGGUAUGAUGAACUUGAAGAGGAAGAAGAUAUGGAAGAUUUUGGCAGUCUUGCGAUUGAUGAGACUCGCAAGGGUGAUGACUAUGGUGUCAUGGAUGAAGAUGAUGAAGAUAUGGAUACAGUUCAGCAAAAGAGAGUGAGGACAGGCUCAGGAUCAGUGGAGCUUGAGAAAGAUGAAAUGCGUACAAAAUUGAAAAAGAAGGCAAGGGUACUCGUUGAGGUUGAGCAUGAAGAUACCGGUGAGAGACAGAAGGCGGUUCAAUGACAAAAUUCUGGAAUGAGCUUCCAGAAUUCAGAGCUGGUGUAGCAAAAUUUAAGAUCCACAUGUUGUAUCCAUCUUCUUUUGUGAGGUUAGGAUAGCUUUUAAGUUUUUGUAAAGUUAGGUUAAAAUAGGAC